AGAGCGGCGCCGCCUCAGUCGCGUCCAAGCAUUCGCGGCGGCUGGAUGAAACCCGCAUUCUAUUUUUCAAAUUAAUUUUGUUUUAUUUGUUUUUCGCCGCGUUGUGUUACGAAACAAAUUUAAUUUUGUGCCAGUGUUACCACGUGUAUGUGCCUUAUUUGUGUAUUCAAGAACGCGAUUUGAGAAAGCUUUUUUAAGCUUGUGAUGUGUAUGUACUGUAUGUGCUAAAGUUGUCAAAGAUCGGCAGAGAUGAUCCAUGUGGAUGAGACAGACCCUGUGGGAGAGAUAGAGCCUCCAUUCCCGUGUAGAGAUGUCACUAUCAAGAGAAGCACUGAUGUCAACGACUUCUAUGAAAUGCUGUCAGAAAUCGGCAGAGGCAAAUUCGGCACGGUAUACCUUUGCCGGGAAAAAUCCACCGGGUUGGAGCUGGCUGCGAAGCUGGUGUCAGUGGUGCGAAGAGACGAGCGACGGAAUGUAGAGCGCGAGGUGGACGUCAUGAGGCGCCUCCGUCACCCUCGACUGAUCCAACUGUAUGACGCAUACGAGUGGGGCAAGCAUAUGUGUGUCGUGCUUGAACUCAUUACGGGCGGGGAGCUGUUCGAGAGAGUCAUCGAUGAAGACUUUGUGCUGACGGAACGCGCUUGCACGGUGUUCAUGCGACAGAUCUGCGAGGGCAUUGAGUUCGUGCACCGCCAGAAUAUACUGCACCUCGAUAUGAAGCCAGAAAACAUCCUUUGUCUAACAAAGACGGGCAACCGGAUAAAGAUCAUAGACUUCGGUCUGGCGCGGUUCUAUGACCCGGAGAAGAAGCUGCAGGUGUUGUUUGGCACCCCCGAGUUCGUGGCUCCAGAGGUCGUGAACUUCGACCAGAUCGGCUACGGGACUGACAUGUGGUCGGUCGGCGUCAUUUGCUAUGUGCUCUUAUCAGGGCUGUCGCCGUUUAUGGGUGAGACAGACAUAGAAACCAUGGCCAACGUAACAGUAGCGAAAUACGACUUCGACGAUGAGGCUUUCAACGAGAUCUCUGAAGACGCCAAAGACUUCAUAAGGAAACUGCUGGUGAAAGACAAAGAGUGCCGCCCCUCCGCCGCGGAGUGCUUACGUCACCAGUGGCUGGUCCGCCGGCCGCACACCACGCCCACCAAGCCGCAGCCGCGACCAGUACCUUCCCCCAAACACGAGCUCGACGUCGCCAAAGACAACCUGCGACUCUUCGUCGAACGGUGGAGCGAACACCCCAACUCGCCUUACGUCUUUGACAACCAGGCCCACGAAAUCACCAGUCUCAUGAACGGCAACUGCGAAAAAUCUUCCAUUGGAGGCUGCUCGCCUUCUCCGAGAAGCUCACUUGGCAGUUCUCCAGACACAGUCUUCGACGACGACGAUUUAGCACCACCUCCUUUACGCGACAGCCACUUCCUCGCGACCAGAUACAACCCAGUAGAACGGCGAGCCUCCGACAGCAGUUGUUUCCUGCACAAACGCGCCGACGUACUCGUACGGAAGAACUUGGCUGAGGAGAUAAAGAAACUCUCGGACCACCUCUACAUGCUAUCAACGAUGAACACGGAUCUCGCCAACAACAACAACACGAAAGAGUUGAACAAAAAUGUCACGGAGUCCAAAAAGGUCACAAAAGAAGACACUAAAUUGCCAAAUGGUUUCAAAAAGGAAACUAAAUCGACGGUCAAUAAAACUGUUACAAAUGGCAACGCGUCCAAUAAAGAGAAGAGGUUGUUUACUUCCAAGUCUAGUCACAAGAUCACAUCGUCGUUCUUCCACGAUAAGGAGCGGGAGAAGCCGAUGACGAGUAACAUGCCGUGGGCAAAGACUUCCAGAUCCAAGAAAGUCACGAACAUGAGCAGAGACGUGCCAGACCAGCCCACAGACAGGCGAAACACGUUCUUCGAAGAAUUCGACAAACGACGAGAGAAGAUCGACAAACUAGUCAACGGACCGGAGAACGGAAGACAACUGCCGUAUAGAAGAGGAGAUGAAAACAAUGCUCAUAGGACUAAGGACUUGCUACUGCAUCUACUGGAGAAAUGGGGGGAGACAGAAACAGAGGGGGAGAGGACUGCGGGAGGCACCACGAGCACAGGACGACAUCAGUCCAUAUCUUUAGAGUGGUCGCCCUCCAACCAACUCGCACAGAAUUCCAUGUCCAGUCUCCACGCCUUCUUCCAAAGACAGACCUCCGAUGAAAAGACGCAGAGGAAAAAAAUGGCAUUCACCGAUGUAAAAAACUCCAAAUGAUCACAGGAACGUGCCAUGACAAGUUACCAAAGUAAGAGAUUAAUAUUUUAUUAAGGUAUUUGCUAGGGAUGAUGAAAAUGACAAUUGUUACGAAUCUAGUCUCAAGUCACACACAAGAUACUCGUAAUACUGCACUAUAUAUCAAGACUGACUUUCGGGAAAUAGAAAACGGUCACUAAUACUAAUUCUCUAUACAGUAAUGAUCAUUUUUUAUAUUAUUUAUUUGUAUUUAUAAAAUACAAACACGUUGGACAAGAAAAUGAACUUGGUUCCUUAACUGUACUUAGUUUUAUUUAUUGUUUUACGAUACGUAUGUUGUUAAUAAAUAUAAGAAUUUAUUA